ACUGACCAUCAUCAAAAGAUGAAGAUGAUCGAGGAGGAAAUAUCAGCUGACACACAGUCACGUGACCCGGAGAAGACGUCACGUGACCUGUUUGGUGUGCAGCUGGAGGUCACCGGUCUUCUCCUGGAAGCCGAGCGUCGCCGGCUGGUUCUUCUACAGGCAGAGCUAGCAGUGACGUCACAGAACAGGACCAGCUUCAGCCGCAAACAGCUGGAGCAACGGCAGCUGCUGGACAGCAUCAGCCGCAUCACAAGACAGCACGACCAGCUUCAUAGGGAGUACGCUGCGGCCGCUCGGGGCGCCAUCUUCUGCCAGCUGGGCAAGGGAAACCGGAGCCAGCCGGCCAUUGGACUCAAACACUCGCUGAAAAAUAGG